AUGAUAACAUCGCCACUAAACACCAGUGCUAUAUAUGUAGGCUACAGCGUGGCCGGCUCGCGGCGCGGCCGGUCACCGCUCCGCAUACUUCUUAUUUUGGUUUACAUUCACGCACAGAGCACAUGCUGCGGGCGUCACGUGAGUGAGAGUGGCGGCCGCUCCCCGCCGGCGCCGGCGCACACCUUCUUGUACAGCAACGUAUUUGCAAGUGACAAGCCAUUUGCU